GACGUUGACCAGGAGAGGGAUCUUAACAUGCCCCGGUAUAACUCGAGGGCCAUGCUGCAUAUUGACAUGAAGAUUCACGGGAUAACAUUUAUUUAGUACAUUUGGCCGAAUGGAAUAAAAACUAAUUAUGUUUUCCCUUUUUAUUGCAGAUGGGAUUGUUCGGGACACUGAAGGAGGGACGACAUGUGAGGAGAGGGUUAAGAUCCCGGUCGUGGGGCGGAAGUGGAAUGAGAACGGGUCAAGCAUCGUACUGGAAUGGUCUCACACCGACGGUCGGGUGUUCGAUAUCCAGCUACAGUGUGACGCAGGAACGGAGCGCUCCACGCGCGAGAUCUUUGGUCUGCGCGACACAAGCGUCGUGGUGACUCGUCUAUGGCAUGACACUACCUACCACGUGUCGAUCUGGGUACAAGGCAGGCCCGGAACAAAGGGCGUCAUCGACGUGUCCACUCUUCCCGCCAUCACAAGUGACGUUCAGUUUGACGAGAAGAAAGCCUCGAAAGACGUUGAUGUGUACAACGAUGGGAUGAGGUUGUCAGCGAAAGGAGCCGUAAUUGAAGUCAAGAGUCCAGAACUAACGAAUAUGAAUUACCCGUCCAUUUCCGGGACGUUCGGGCGACGCGAACUGACGGGGUCAUACAACUACUGGGAGCUCAAGGUCAAGUUCCGAAUGAACCCACUCGUGAAAACAGGACAAGAGUGGGCCUUCGAUCUCGGGCUUUAUUGUUCAGAUAUACUAACCAAUUUCGACAACGCUAGUCCCGUAAGCACUACAUAUACGUGUAGAGCUGUGAAAUAUGGCAAGAAAUUCGCAAGAUUAGAGUUCGGUACCAAUGGUAACACGACGUUACUGCCAGCGCGAGACUUAGAAUGGACCAAUGAAAAUUUCUACUUUUAUUUCGGAUUUUUCUUGAAUCUAAAAGCAAGAACAUUUUCGGUACUGGAUAGAGCGAAGAAUGGUAUCCUGUACACAUUCAAUGACAUCAGAAUCACAGACAACUACCUGCCAAUGUUUUCCGUGUCCAAGAAAAAGAAUACCAUUCAGGAGAUGCACCUCGGCGACACAACGCAGGCAACAGUCCCUGAUAUAGUCUACGAAAUGCUGGUGUAACGCAAAUUCUUGUUUCCUAUUAUGGGGAUCUUGGUUAAGGUAUAAGUAUAUCCAAAGACAAGAAAAAAAUAAUAAUUAUAUCUAAUCACUAGAAAAAGUGUUAAAAACAUGUAUAUCUAAAUACUAGCAAAAAAGGUUAAAUACAGUAUAUCUUAACACUAAAAACCGGUUAUACAUCCAGAUAUUCAGAUAAACAGUUUGUAUAUGAAAAAUGGUAAAAAGGAAUAAAUAUAUCUAAAUGGUAGAAAAGGGGCUAAAUAUAUCUGAACACUAUAAAAAGGGUUAAAUAUAUCUAAACAUUAAAUAUAUCUAAACACUGGAAAAGGGGUUAACUAUAUCUAAACAGUAGGAAAAGGGUUUAAUAUAUAUAAAUACUAUAAAAAGGGUUAAGGGUUAAAUAUACCGAAACACUAGAAAAGGUGUUAUAUAUAUAUACACUAGAAAAAAGGUUAAAUAUAUCGAAACACUAAGAAUGGGUAAUAUAUAUAUAUACACUAGGAAAUGGGUUGAAUAUAUCUAAACACAAGACAUUUAGACUUGAAAAGAGAAUCACUUUAAGAUAAGCACACAAUUGAUUUUGUAAUAUCGUUUAGUUCUCCGAGCUAAAUACACAUUAAAAGGAUGACUUUGGUGUUGGUGUAGCUGGCUAUACUAAAGUGUAUUAGGUACCCUGUCUACAUCUGUCCCAGAAUCUCUUGUCUUCCUGUGUUGAUAUACUGGGUGUCCCCGUUAGAGAACUGGUUCUACAAGUCUGUAGGUCUGAAAUCACUGGCUGUGACGUCCACAAUAUCGAUACACACAUGACUUGUGAUUAUGGUCCUCUCGCCUCCAGAAUACUUAGAAGAAAGAUAAGUCAAAUCGGAUACGUGUAUAUACCAGCAAGCUUUUCUUUUUAAUUUGUUGUUUUCAUACAAAAAAAAAAUAAUAAUAAUAAUAAAAAGGAGAAAGAAAAUCUUGUAACAUUCUGACACAACAUUGAGACUUGUUGUAGUGUUUCAAUGCUGAGUAUCUGGACCGGUGUCAAAAUAUCCAGCAGUGCUGUUGAUUAUAUAUGUCAUGCUAUUUUAGAUGACGUUUUACAGUUUACUUCUUUUUUUAUAGAUAUAUCUUUUUUCUUCUAUUUUUCACACCCAUACCGUAAACAAUGCAUAUUUACAUUUCGUAUGUGUUUUACAAUUCUGGUAGAUGUACACGUCUCAGAAAUAAAACAUUGUCAUUUUG